AUGUGCCUGCGUUCUUCUAUCGACAGGUUCGCUAUCCCGUGCAUAUACGAAGUCGAAGGUAUUACCACCAUGCCGGUACCUGGUCGUCGCUGCCCCGCCUGCCUGGAGCGUGGAGAUACAGUAUGGGUCAUCCCCGGCAAAUGCUGCCCACAGUGUGGCACACCUGUCAAUUAG